UGCUGCAGGGUACCUGUCUGGGUCAGUGUGCGAGCAGAGGGAUUCAGAACAGUUGAGCCCUGCCGAAGAAGAGAAAUGUUGACCGUCUAAGGCCCAACAUGAUUCAGUUUGUUAUAUUCUUCAUCUGGCUUGCUGGGGAUUUUAAACUCGUUUUGAGUUCACCGACUCUUGGAUCUAAAGACAACCCCAGACUUCUGAGCAAAGAUAUAAUCUGCGGUGGAUUUGAAUACCCAGUCUAUCAGAAGCACAGUGUGUUUUUCUAUCAUGAGGACUCAGAGGAGAUAUAUGUAGGAGGCACGAAUUUUGUGCUGAAACUGGAUGUGGAGGGCUCUCAUAUUAUGGAGAAUUUCUCGCUGAAAGCCCCAGACCAGCAACACUGCCAAGAGGGCCAAUGUGAAAAUGUCAUCACAGUGAUUGAGAAGUUUCAGGACAGCAUGUUUGUCUGUGGAACAAAUGGAAACAAACCGCAGUGCUGGAAGCUUUUUUCGUCAGUGAACAACCAGUCUCUUGAAAUAGUGGAUAGCUAUGAGGGGAUGGGUAUCUCUCCGUUUGUGUACUCGCACAACGCCAUUUCGCUCACUGUAGAGGGGGAUCUUUAUUCAGCUGCGCCUUUGGACACGGAUGGAAGUUCAUUACAAUUCAGAAGGAAAGCUGGUAGCAGAACUAAUGUCUGGAUGUAUGACAACUGGAUCUCAGAGCCCACGUUCAUCUCUGCGACGUGGGUGGAGCAGAGGGAAGAACCUGACAAUGAGAAAAUAUACAUAUUUUUCCGUGAAAAGAACUCGGAUCACAACCCGGAGGCUGACCCCUGGAUAUCGAGGAUUGCCAGAGUCUGUAAGGUAGAUGAAGGUGGAUCGAAAAGAUUUUUCCAGAACAUGUGGACAUCUUUUCUCAAGGCCCGGCUUGUUUGUGGAUUUCCUGAGAAGUCGCUUUAUUUCAACCAUCUUCGAGACAUUUUUGUUGUGCACGCCGAGGACUGGGUUGACACGAGAGUCUAUGGCCUUUUUACAAGCAGCUGGAACGCCACAGCGGUGUGCAUAUAUACAAUAGGAAAGAUUGAAGACGUAUUUGAGAAGUCAACUUUCAAGGGAUACAACAAAGACAUUCCCAAGCCAAGGCCAGGAACGUGUGUAAAAAACAGCAGGAACCUGCCACUGGCCACCGUCAAUAUGGUGAAGGAUUACCCGGAAAUGAAUGACUGGGUUGAAUCGAUACAUCAAACAGCUCCGUUUUAUGUAAGCAGCAACAACUACACCAAGAUUGCUGUGGACCGAGUGCAGGCAGCAGAUGGGUGCAUGCAUAACAUUCUGCUUCUAGCUACUGAUUCUGGGAAGAUCCAUAAAGUCUUAGAGGCCGGGGAAGAGCCUUUCAUCAUCUCCGAAACACAGCUCUCCAGCCGCUCAACUGUACAAUCAAUGAAGCUUGACUCUAAAAAGAAAAAGUUAGUGGUGGGUUUCUCAGAGAAGAUUUCGAUCAUUGACCUUCAGAGGUGUCAGGAGUACAACCAGUCCUGUGCAGAUUGUGUUCUGGCCCGGGACCCCUACUGUGUCUGGACAGAGUUUGGAUGCACCAAGACUGUCACUGGAGGCAUUCAAAAUAUCCGUGAUGGGAACCGAAGUGUGUGUCAACCAUCUGACGAAGAGCAAAAGCAAGUUAACCGGACCAAACGGGAGACAGAUUCAUUAUCUACGGUGGAUUUGAGGACAGCCCACUCGGUCCCCCUUAGUGUCCCCUUCUAUUUGUCCUGUCCUAUAGACUCUUACCACGCUGUGUACACCUGGGAGCAUGCAGGCCAGAGCAGCCCAUGUCUACAAAUGCAGUCCAACUGCCUGCACCUGAUCCCCGCCAUGACGAAAGAGAACUAUGGUGGCUAUGAGUGUGUUUCCAAGGAGAGAGACUACACCAAAGUGGUGAAAACAUAUCAGCUUAAACAGCAAACGAUCCAGGAUACAAAUAGAAACACUGAUGGAAGCAAUGGCCAUUCAAGAAUACAAUAUGCAUCAGCUGUUGUGCCGCAGAUAACAUGGAUCACCCUCACACUGGCUGUAACAGUGUCUGGGAUUUUCAGAUAGGCUUUGCACAAUUGACUAUUUUAAACUAAGCAUUCCUUUCUUUUUGUAAUGCUUUUGUGUUGGGCCAAACCUCCUGUUUUUUCAAACUAAGCAUCGACAUCCUCAGCCCCUUUGUCCUUGGCCAGGAUGCUAGCAGCAUUAAGGCUAACUCACUUCCAUGAAGCUUGCAACUCAACAAUCGAAGCAGGAACACACCUGCUGUGAACCUACCCUCACAGUGGUCGCUGUGUUUGGAAGAAUCGUAAGAGAUAUAAGUCAGAAACAUGCUGUAGCCAGGUUACUUUGUAAAAAGAGAAGCUUGGACGGGAAGAGAGAGGUGGUGUACGAUGGAGCAAAAGAGCAGCACCACCAGUCAGCAGCAGGGCCCAGCUUAAAUAAUACUGAGGGUCAAUAAUAGGGUGUGUUUGGAUCAUCUCAAUAUCCGUCAAUAACCUCAGUGUCCUUCAUACAUUACUGCAAUAUCAUUGAGUAAGUAAUAAUCUUCCUUUUUAAAGCUAGGGGAACAGGGAAGAUGUAAGAAGUGAAUUCCUUUCAACCAGAGCUCAGUCCAAACCGAAGCCUUUAAAAUCAUCCUGGGCUCCAAAGCGUGUGCACGGACAGAACAGCACACAGUGAGUAUGUAUUGUGGGGCAGAAGAGUGUGCACAUGUUGAGGCCAUAUCUAUUAGAGGUCAGAAUUUUUUUUUAAGUUCCUGUGACAAUCCUGUUGACAGAUUAUUUGUGUUCAAGGAAGGGUGGAGGCAGCUGGGGACCUGCCUGGUUAAACUCUCCCUCUGUCGAAACAGUGGUCAGAGAGGCGUUUGGAGAAUGUGCAAUGAAAAUGCUUUGCUGCAGAGGAGACAAUAUCUGACUCCAAAAACAAUAGGCACAUUGUUUACUUUAUUCAUAUUUAUAACCAAUCGAUUUUGGAGAAAGUUCAUCAAGUUAAAAUGUGCAUUGACAUACAGAAACACAUCAAUAUUAGCUUCGGGGUUAGCAUUUAUUUAUUUUAGUCCCAUAUUGUAAUACUUUUGCGACAUCUAUACAUCUGGUAUUGGAGUUUCAUAUAUAAGCUAUUUUUCCAGUAAGUUAUUGAUAUUAUACAAUACAGUUUUAUUUAUAAAGCACUUUAAAACCUCUAGACCAAAGUGCUGUACAGUCAAAUAAACAACACAAAACAUACAACAAAUCACACAGCAAAGCUCACACACCAUAAAACAAGUACAAGUUAAAACAAUAGACAAAGUAAGAUAUUAAAGUAAGACUAUGUAAAUGUUGUCGCACAGUAGCCACUGUUGCCACAAGUGAUACUGUAUUACGAGAAAAUAGAUACAAGUUUGAGAACCAGCUUGGUAUGUCCAUUACUGCAAUUUGGCUAAAGUUAGCAAACACUAGCAUCCAAAAGCUCAUCAAGACCUAGUAAGGCUCCAGCAGCAAAUCCUAAUUAGAUUAAAUUAAGCAGUGGUAUGUUUUAUUGUAGAGAAAUACCUGCUUUUCCAAAAGUUACAUUGUCUUAAUUUAAAAUACAAACUAUUCGUUAAAUGUUUUAAAAAUAAAAAUAUAUAUUUUGGUACAAUGUGCUAGCAUUAGUGUCCUUAUCAUUUCAAAGAUUAUAUAUUUUUGUAUGAUGAUUUCUUGGGAAGUCUAAAUAAAGAAACUAAAGGGAGUGUUGUCAUUCCUCUACACCUGUAAGUGGUUUCGGGAAAGGAGUUGAUUUAGUCCUCAGUAGGUCAUGCGUUUAUCAGACUCAGUAAACCACUUGCAGCUUGAGCAGAGUACAGACAAGAAGUAAUGAUCUUUAUCUUAAUCUGUUUUAUUCCGGGAUCCAAAGUCUCAACCCUGCUCAUGACGGCAUCUUGUUGAUACAAGAAUAAUUAGUCACAACACAACUACUUAUCUCUUUGGCCAUUACUGCACAACAACAUUACUGCACGACAACAUGGGUGGAGAUCCUGCAUUCUUGUAGAUUUUCUUUCAGAUAAAAUAAUUGUACUUCAAAAGCUUUAAAGUGUUUUGAUCUUGCAGUUUUCUUUUCCAGCAUCUAAUAUCUAAGAUCAACACCCAGAUCACACAUUUACUUGGACAGUCAAAUCUGAUUUCCUUUCUCAGAUAAUGAAUACUUCUUAACUCUGGCAUGAAACAAAAACAAACUGAUGUGAGUUUGUUGUUACUGAGGAAAUAACAAAAUUGAAGCAGCGUGUUCGCUCUCCUAUUUUGGUACCACACCCUGCUUGUACUAUGUGAGGGUGUCACCCUAAAUUUAGGAAACAAUCUUUCAACACAAUGUGUUCCAAAUCAAUAUGAAGUCAUAGAAAGUGCGGUGUUAGGCUCCACCAAUACCACAAAUGAGUCAGUUGUGUUCAACCGAGGAUAAAACACAGUUGAGAAAGAGUUAGCUUCAUGUACACUGUUUAAAACUGUUAUUGUGUAGCUUAAACAGCAGCGAGUGCAGCGUGGCUACAGAAGAGUCACCUACUGUACAAUCUUGCUAUCAGGUCACUUUAAUUAGGAUCAUGGAGUCAUUUGUUUAAGCUGCAGUUGACGCGCCACCUGACCUUACAGCUCACUGCCUCCUGUAGUUCAGUGUCUGUCGGCCUGCAGACAGUUGACAUGGUUACUUGUAGUUCAGGGCGAGACAUUCAAAAUAUGUUUUCAUGUAGCUGCGGUCGACUACACCACUAUUAGUCAUUGUUUGCUCCAGCCUGUUGAAUGUAUGCUGUAACCUCUCUGCUAAAGCUGUAUGUAACCUUGGCUGCAUAUGAAUAAGCAUCACUGGGGUACAUGUAUGCACUUCAUUCCUAUCAUCUAAGAUAGUAAAAACAUGUUGGUAAUCAUGAACAACUUUCUUCCAAAUCCAAAAGAACAUGAGUUGUAAAACUUAAAUGUAUAAAGUCUGAAACUGCUCCAUUGACAA